GCAUCUUAUUGUCGCGAAAUACACAUCAAUUGCUCGGAUAUGCAUGGUACGAUGAGUGAUGAAGAUUGGGUAACUACUACCGAAUUUCUCUCCAAGUUCUCGAGUACACGAACUCUUGUUAUGCAUGGAGGAUUUACAAGGCACGGCCUGGAGCUAUGGCCUCUUACUACCAAAUUGUUGGCAAGCAUGCCAUCUCUCCAGCACCUCUCUCUCAAUCGACAGUAUUGGGGGCUUUUGCUCCCACGGGUGAAGAAGUAUGUACAAAGCUUGACACUCAAAAGAUUGACAAUCCAUGGAGUAUCGGAGUCGAAAGAGGCACCGAGAGGGCUAUUUGGGCCUGCUUCUUUCACCGAACUUGAACUCUCGGAUUAUGAAGAGAACGCCAGAGCCACAGCUGCUCUAAUCCGGUGGCCUAGGAAACUCCGGCGCUUCCAUUUCGAAAGCUUUUACAAUAACCGACAUUACAUGGAUCUGACCAUGUUCGGCACCUGGCUUUCGGUUCAUAAGGAGGUCCUCGAAGAUAUCUACAUCGGCUAUCUGUCAGUCGGUAGCAAGGGCAAGAUUAUCGACCUCACCCAGUUCAGAGACCUCAAAUCUCUCACCCUUUCCAGGUACUCUUUCACAGAUGACCUCAAGUCUUGUGUUACCGACGCGAAACGUUUGCUUGCGCCAAAUCUAGAGAAAUUUACCUGGAGCUUUAGCGUCUACGAUCAGCACUGCGAAUCGUGGGAUGCCAUCGGCGAGAAGGAGGAACUAUGGCUACAUCAAUUCGCGAAAAUCGCGGCGUCGCAGCCGAACCCACUCAAGAAGAUUCACAUUAUCUUUGAUCCUGAUUAUUGGGGAUAUAGAAUAGAAGACGGGUACCCGUGGGAUCGCCUAGAUCGAGUGAGGGAUUCUUGUCGCCAGCUUAAUAUCAAGCUGACUUAUACCAAGCCAGCUCUCACGAAAGAAGCAUGGCUAGAACGUGUCGAAGAGGAAAAGAAAAUGGGCGAAGCGCGUAUUCGCGGGCCAGGGGAUGUGUGUCUGUUGUCUAAGGAGCACGAGGAAAGCAUAGAGGGGCGGGAUAUCAGAGAGUACUUCCUGUCAACCUUGGGAACGCAGCUCCGCGAUGAUUGAUUUAGUAGAAGUUAUGUAUGGGUCGAGGUCCUGUAAUAUGUGUCACGAUAGAAUCAAUAAUAGGA